AUGAGUAAAGUUGGGAACAAAGAACAACAACAACAACAACAACAACAACAACAACAACAAAACCCAGUGGCAAAUCAAAACAUCCCUUCAUCAUCAUCAUCAUCAUCAUCAUCAUCAUCAUCAUCAUCAUCAUCAUCAUCAUCAUCAUCAUCAUCAUCAUCAUCAUCAUCAUCAUCAUCAUCAUCAUCAUCAUCAUCAUAA